AUGUCGAUUCUACGGUAUACAAACAAGUUUUUAGCAGGGAAUAUAUUUGGGAGAGCAUUAAGACAUGUUGCAUGUCGCACCUACUCAGAGGGGGAGGAAGUGCCCCCAGUACAUCUUGGUCAGAAUGAGAGGAUACUGUUCAGCAUGAGUUUGGAAGAUAUAAGAUCGAUAAGGCAUGGCCUUGAAAUCAAAAGUGGUGAUCGAGUCUUUACACUUGCAUCCGGUGGUGGAAAUGCGAUAACUCUCCUACUUGACGAUCCAGCUGAAGUCGUGGCACUUGAUUUUUCCAUUCCGCAACUGCACUUGGCAAAACUACAGUCAGCCUGCAUCAAAUAUCUCUCAUAUCAAGAGUUCAUUGACUUUGUUGGAGUUAAAAAUAUGGAACCAGAAGAACGGGUCAGAAUUUUUAACUCCAUAAAAGGAGCACUUGAAGCUGACGUACGUGAGUAUUGGAAUGCUAAUACAUCAGAUAUAAACCAAGGGAUAAUCAAUUGUGGAGAUUUUGAGCAUAGAUUCAAAAUUUUUGCAGAGAAUGCCAUGAAUGUUGCGCUGAGUCCCAACCAAAUGGAAACAUUCUUAUCAAUGGGCGACGAUAUGAAUGAACAGAGACGAUACUUUAAAGAUGUCAUUGAUGGUGAAGUCUUCAGGCGAGCAUACCGAAGGCUUGGUUAUUGGACAUUCAAAGGUACCAAUACGGAUAUAAUGCCAGCUCUCGAUUACCCCAACAUUUUUCUACAACAUUUUCUCAACAAGGUGAAAACGACACCUAUGAAUCAAAGCUACUUCAUGGAAUUCAUUUUCACAUGGAAACAUGGUGUCCUCACUCCACUAAGGGAGUACCUACAAGAAGAGAAUUUUGAUGUUCUGAAAGACAGAAUUGGGCGCAUGAAAUGGUUACAUGGGGAGAUGAUGAACUACUUCAAGACAUUUCCAACACUAAAUCAGCCAAAGUUUGAUGCUAUGGGCCUGUCCAAUGUCACUGAUUUGAUGACACUCAGCAAUCAUAAUACAACCCUACGAGCUGCUGCUAAAGUUGUUAAACAACAUGGAAACAUUCUCUUUUUAUGUGUUAAGGGUCUCCCUAAAACUUGGCCAGAGGAUCUUGUGGGAUCAGCUGUUGUUAUUGAACAUGAUAAAGUAAAGGAAUGUUCUGAAAUGGAUCGUGCAUUCUUCUGGGAAGACAUACAGGUUGCAAAGGUAUUGUGAAACAAUUUGUAACACUGAAGCCUCAGUCACAUUUGGUGGCCAUAGCUUUACAAAAUCAAUAUAGAAAAUCUACAUAGUACUACUUAUGCCUAUAUUUUACGCUGCAUAUUUCUCUCAAAAGACCUGGAGGUGUUUGUAGAAUGUAUGAAUCAGGGAUGUUUUUUCAUGCAUUUCGCUUCAAUAAACUUUGAAACAUUUUAUUGACUAUAUGAUUGCACCAUAUAAUCCCCAAAAAUUCUUAUUUUCAAGGAUUAUCU